AUGACACUACCAAGUAAAACACCUACUACUCGUUACCGUACUUCGAACCCAUACGAGACCCGUUUUGGGUUCUCUCGAGCCGUGCGAAAAGGACCACACAUCUUCGUUGCUGGCACAACCUCCACCGACCCUGUUACGGGAAAUGUACUCUACCCGAAAUCCGCAUACGACCAGACGAUGCAGAUAUUCCGCGAAAUCAUCAAAGCUAUCGAAAGUCUAGGAGGCACGAAGGAUGACGUGGUACGCAUGAGAAUAUAUGUGGCCAACGCAGAUUCGGAGGACGGGCAGAAAGCCGGUGAUGCGUUCAAGGAGGUUUUUGGGACCGUUGGGCCUGCAGCGACUAUGAUUUUUGGAAUGAAGUUGAUGAAUCCAGAUAUGAAGAUAGAGAUUGAGGCUGAUGCUGUGGUACUAUGA